CUUGGGUACCUACCAUUAUCAAGAGAAUGUCCCUCUCGAUAAAUAGCCCUUAGACUAGAGUUGCUUCUCAGACUCGGCAUUAUUGCCUCUUUACGAGCAUCAAUGACUCAUUGUUUUGUUGCGAGGCUGAAGUACUUGAAUACACAAGAGCUUGGUGACGGUUUGUUUGGAGUCCCUCAUCGGAUGUGGUGGUCGAAAUGGUCGAUGCACUUCAAUUUCUUGAAAGCCUAUUCUGGAGUUAAAGACUCUUCUCCUGUUCAAUAAAUUAUCUGAUCAAUCUCUACCUCUCCAUGAUCAAUUUGUGUAGCACCUAUCGAGUAGACAAACGAG